UUCUAAACUGCCGCGGCUUCCCUCAACUCAACUGGAACCACCAUCCCCUCUCCGAAAACGUCUCUACACGGCAUUUACCUCUCAGCGACAGUUUGCCCCUGUGUUGUGAGAGACUUUAGACCAGAACUUUCAUUACACUCAAUAGUGGCGAAUCCGUGUCUCACACCUCCGAUAUUCGACAUCGCUCAACACUGACGCAGUCCCCUCUUCCACACGUGACCCAACACCAUGCCUGACGAAGAACCGUCCCUGAACAUCCCCUCUCUUCUCACCCUCGCCGUUGUCUCUUUCUUCGUGAUCCGAUGGUUCUUCAACCGUGACGGCGAGGCUGGCGCCGGAAGUGGUCGCAGUCGUGCGCGAGGAAAUGGCAUUGACCCAGCUCAGGUCGAGCAGAUCUCGCAGAUGUUCCCUCAGCUCAGCCAUCGCGAAAUCAUGUGGGACUUGCAGCGCAACGGAGGGAACAUGGCGGCUACAACGGAAAGAAUUCUAACAGGCCGAGGCUUGGAAGUGCCCCCUCCAUCCUUCCAACCCCAAGUCGCUAUUCCCACCCCGACUGCGUCAGCGCAGCCCGCCUCCGGAGCCGCCACCGCCACCGCAAAGGCCGACGGCCAGGACCUAAUCUCUCGGUAUAACCUCCGCGCGAAAGUCAGCGCGGACGAGGAUGCCGCGGCCUCGCAGAGUCAGCCCUCCACUGGCUGGUCACAGAGCAAGGAGGAGCGACAGCGCUUGCUCCAGAAGCGCAGGGACGAUAUGAUCCUGGCAGCGAGGAGGAAGAUGAUGCAGAAGGGUCAGGGGGUUGCUCAAUAAUGUCCCUCUGUUCUGUGAUGUGGUUUCGCCUCUCUUGCUCCCACCUCUCCUCUCCUCUUCGUUGUUACCUAGCAUGGCCUGCAUAUAUGCUUGAAGUUUUUGUGGGCUUCCUCUUCUUUACUGCCCCUUAACAAAUUUGGAUCGUCUGUUUGUUUCAUCGAUAUCUGGCCUUCUUAGCCCCUGUUUUCUUUUCCCUUCUUCUACUUCUAGUUAUAUACCUCUUCUGGUCGGCGUUGAGGAUGGUUCGAGGUCUGAUCAAUGCUGACAGUACAUUUUCGGUUUCACUCGAGUGGAUUGGAUUCACUGUUGCGAAAAGAUGACUCUCGUAUGCUGUUGUCCUUUCUGGGGAGAUUUGCCCCCGUCUGCAAAGCGUGGCUUAUCCACAUCGAGGAUGUGUAUCAUUUGAGAUGAAUGAAACAGAUUGAUCAUGC